AUGGGUGGUGAUAUCCACCCUCCUCUUGUUGUCGCCAGUCAGCGCCGUACGUAUACCGUUCUAUAUGGUCGUGAAAGCACCUUAUCACUCCUCCGUCCCGCCGCAUGGGAUCCUUACCACGUCGUCCCGAAAAUCACAAAACCAGACCCAAUAACUGGUAGAAAAUCGAAAUAUUUCUUCUUAAAAACACUCACAGAGUUGGAUACCCCUACGAUCAACGAAUCCAAAUUCUGGUAUGACACUGUAUCAAGUGCUAUAUACUCAGAAACAACCGUCGAAGUCCAAAACGCCGACGACUCCUACCAAAGCGAGUCAAGCCCUUCAAUCGAAGAAGAUUUUCCUAUGGAAGGUGCAGGUGGAGGUCUCGUUCAAGGAAUAUCAAGUUUAAACCUCGUUGCCCUGGAAGGAGGGGAUGCACAAGCGCCUCCGCCGAUUCUGGAAAUUGAUCCGGAUACUCACACUGAGAUGUGGGAACUGUUUGGAUCGAUGAGCGUGCCUCCCGGACCUUUGAAAGCGGCGGAUUUGGAAGUGACUUCUAGUUUGAAUAAUUUGGUUGCGCAGGCUUAUACGGGGAAUAAGAAGUUGGUGUUUCAACUGGUGGAUGGACAGACGGGGCAGACGGAUGGACAAUUGUGGUUGUGGCGUUGCAUUUUUGGCCUCGAAGCUACGCUACCUCUAGGACCUAGCAUCAUGAGUCAAUUCCCGGACAUGAAUCCCGUCGCCACGGCAGAGUUUUUCAAAGGGAUACAUCACGUUCUCCUCGUGAAACCGAAAUACGAAGAUCAAGUUGCACAAAAGCCAAAGAGCUGGGAUCCAUUGGCGUUCGAUGGGAUGAAUUGUUUUCGAAUUGAUCCUUGGAAGAAUGUGCUGGCGGUUUCUGCGAACGAAAUGGAAAGUAACCUUCAAGGGAUUAAGCAAGGGACAUAUGACUACGAGUCUAGAUCGGUGCAGAUAAUCAAUGCUGGAGGAUUGUUCCCAGAACUACAGGACGAGCCCUUCUUAAGUCCUAGUGAAGAAGGUAGUCCUGAAGAAGGAUCAGGCGAGUGGAUACAGCAAUUGCAAGUACCGAAGAAACCUUUUGGGUCACAGAAUUCGGUGUAUUCCGAACAUAUGAAGUCGCCUUAA